AUGGCUUCGACGCGGAUGAUGUGGGGUCCACUUCAGACAAUGAGUUGGAAAGUCCCACGUCGGCCACAAUUAUUUUUCCGCGGAGUCAUUGUUCCCGUAGUGCAGCACUCCCAUCAUCUUGUAGAUGCCGUUUUCCAAAACCCAUUUCAACCACACCUCCAUAGCCAUAACUGUCCCACUGGCUAUAGCAACCAUAGUCGUGGCUUCAUUAAUGGCUCCGGUGAGUCUGAAAAUGACUUAGUGCAGGCUCGGCGGCGCUGGCGUUUCAAGAAUGCAGACUCAAAACUCGUGACUGGAGCUGAAGAAAAGAACAAUCCCAGAGAUGACCAAGAAGAAUCUCCAUUAACCAUCAUGAAACUGUUCUCUGUAUUGUCACAAACUGAAAUAGCAAUGGGAGUGACAACCCAAGUUGGCGCCUUUGCAAUAGCGCUAAUCUUGUUCUUGAUUCAGAGCGGUUUUGCCCAGCAAGGUUCUUUAAGCUCCAGCGUACAACGGUCGGCGUUACUAGACCUCCGGUCGUCGUUGGGUCUCAGAAGCAAAGACUGGCCCAUAAAGGCUGACCCUUGCUCGUCCUGGACCGGAGUUAACUGCAAGAACGGCAAAGUUAUUGGGAUCACGGUGUCCGGUUUAAGGCGAACCAGACUUGGCCGGAGCAACCCCCGGUUCGCCGUAGAUUCAUUGGCCAAUUUCACCCUCUUGGCUACUUUCAACGCCUCUGGCUUUGCGCUUCCCGGGACUAUACCCGACUGGUUUGGCCAAAGACUUAGUGCUCUCCAAAUGCUUGAUCUUAGGUCUGCUUCAGUCAUUGGUCCUAUACCUCAGUCGCUUGGUAAUUUGAGCAAGCUUAAUACUUUGUAUUUAUCUGGCAAUGAUAUUACUGGUAUUAUACCUUCUGCACUGGGAAACAUAGCAGAGUUGGUGAAUCUUGAUCUUUCGCGUAAUUCACUUACUGGGUCAAUACCGUCCGGUUUUGCCUCUCUUCGAAAUCUUACAAGGCUUGACCUUUCUUCAAAUUUCUUAUCUGGGCAAAUUCCACCAGGUUUAGGUAGCCUUACCAGACUUCAAUUCUUGAACCUAGCUGAUAAUAGUCUCACAGAUUCCAUUCCAGUUCAGUUUGGUAACCUUUCCCAGUUGCUUGAGCUUGAUCUUAGCAAGAAUUCGUUGUCUGGGUCAUUUCCUGUGGAAUUGAGAGGGUUGAGGAGUUUGAGGAAGAUGGAGAUUGGAGAUAAUGAUCUAGUAGGUCCACUGUCAGAGGGUUUGUUUUCAAGUCUUGUUCAGCUACAAGUUCUAGUUCUGAGUCGGAAUAAGUUUGAUGGUGCUCUUCCUGGUGCAUUGUGGUCACUUCCCAGUUUGCGCUUUCUAGAUGUCUCCAGCAACGAUUUUACAGGAACUCUGCCGAGCCUGGGCCCAAAUGCUAGUGUUAGUGGUGCCGUGUUCAACCUCUCUUAUAAUCUCUUAUAUGGAAAUCUGACUUUUCCUCUUGGGAAAUUUGGUUCAAUCGAUUUGUCUACUAACUAUUUGCAAGGCAAGGUACUAGAAGAUAGUCAAAGCAAUGGUACUCUUGCUAGAAAUUGCCUUCAGAUGGUACCAAAUCAAAGGAGUUUGCAGGAUUGUAGGCAGUUCUAUGAACGGAAGAGAUUAAUGUUCGAUGAUUUUGGGGCCCUAGAACCAACUCAGCCACCUUUCCUUCAACCUGACUCGAACAGGAAGCGAUUAAUAUUUAUACUGGUUGGGAUAUUUGGCGGACUUGGCUUCAUUGGGAUUUUGGUACUAGUUCUGGUAGCGCUCCUGAAAAUGUGCAAUAGAAACACAAAUCAACAAGCAAGUGCAAAUGCCGGGCCUGUUCCGGAUGGAGAUGGCCCUUCAAUCCCCAAAGAUCUCAUCUAUGUAUCAGGCCGAGGAGAUUCAUUUACAUAUGAGCAGAUUCUCCAAUUCACUAAAGAUUUUAGUGAAGCAAAUCUUAUAGAGCAUGGACACUCUGGAGACAUAUACCUGGGGUCCUUGGUGAGUGGAACACCUGUAGUAAUCAAAAGGGUAGAUUUGCAUUGCGUCAAGAAAGAAUCCUAUGUGCUAGAAAUGGAUUUAUUCAACAAGGUUUCACAUACAAGAUUGGUGCCACUUUUGGGGUACAGCUUGGAGCACGAGAGCGAGAAGUUUCUGGUUUACAAAUACAUGCCAAAUCGAGACUUGGCUAGUUCCUUGCACAGAGUUACCAAUUCAGAAGAUGGCAAUUUAAAGUCCCUGGAUUGGAUUACAAGGUUAAAAAUUGCAAUUGGAGCAGCUGAAGUCCUAGCUUACCUACAUCAUGAGUGCAGCCCACCCCUUGUUCACAGGGACGUUCAAGCAAGCAGUAUACUUCUCGAUGAUAAAUUUGAGGUCCGACUUGGAAGCUUGAGUGAGGUCCGUGUUCAAGGGGAUGCUAACCAAAAUGUGAUCACGAGGUUGUUGCGGAAACAACAAACUUCUGAACAAACCCCUUCUGCCUCAUCAUCGGUGGCUUCCGCUUACGAUGUCUACUGUUUCGGGAAGGUUUUGCUUGAGCUUGUGACGGGUAAACUUGGCAUCAGCAAAUCAGAUGAUGCCUCAACAAGAGAGUGGCUGGAUCAUACAGUGCGUUACAUCAGCAUAUAUGACAAGGAACUGAUUAAUAAGAUUCUUGACCCAUCUCUGAUAGUAGAUGAUGAUCUACUGGAAGAGGUAUGGGCCAUGGCAAUCGUGGCCAGGUCCUGCCUUAACCCCAAGCCUUCCAAGCGUCCCCUGAUGAGAUAUAUCCUUAAAGCAUUGGAAAACCCUCUGAAAGUGGUGAGGGAAGAUAGUUCGAGUUCUGCAAGGCUGCGGACAACUUCAUCUAGAAGAUCCUGGAGCGCUGCUUUCUUCGGUAGCUGGCGGCACAGCUCAUCGGAGAGUGCCACUGUUCCUGGCCAUGCAAACAGAGAGAGCAUCAGUAGCUUAAAACAGCCAGGGCUAGUAGGUGGAAAUGAGUCUUCCGCUUCCCGUAAAAGGUUAUCAAAUGAAAUUUUCCCUGAGCCGAUUGAAAUGCAAGAUCUCGAGAGGCAAGAAGAACAUUAA